CCCAGUGUUUAAACUCUUGUCAAUUGUUAUUAGAAUACUUAAUUAGUCAUCCAUUUUAUUUUAUAAUUCAAAUAAUUACUAACUUCAACUUCGUACACUGUGGCGCUGUAAUACGAGUCUGAUACAAAACGGAAACGGAAGUAGAUUUUACGAACAAGACGCUGCUGCGCUCUUUUUCACACUUUACAUUCAAGAAAAUAACACCGCAACGGAAAAUCACAAUUCGUCUUUCGACUUCGGACCAACUACACGUGCAAGUUUUUAGUGACGCAUAAAAAUAUUACAAAGCAAUAUUCAAAAAUAAUUAAACAAAAGAAGAUUUAAUAAUAUCUGUGAAUUAAAAGUGCUAUUUAAAUAUAUUCAAAAUGUCUUUAAUAAAACUUGAAAGCAACGACAAUGAGAUUUUCGAGGUUGAUAUAAAAGUUGCCAAGAUGUCAGUGACCAUCAAAACCAUGUUGGAAGAUCUUGGAUUGGGAGAUGAUGAUGACGAAGUGGUGCCUCUACCUAAUGUGAACUCCGCAAUUUUAAAAAAAGUUAUUGAAUGGGCUGAGUAUCACAAGGACGAUCCACCAGCUCCUGAAGAAGACCAAAACCAAGAAAAAAGGUGCGACGACAUCAGUGUCUGGGACUCAGACUUUCUAAAAGUUGACCAGCCAACUUUAUUCGCCAUCAUCCGCGCUGCUAAUUACCUAGACAUUAAGGGCCUCAUGGACGUAACCUGCAAAACUGUCGCCAACAUGAUUAAAGGAAAGACUCCUGAUGAAAUCAGAAAGACUUUCAACCUGUCGCCGAUGAAAGCUCCUGGUAUCAAUGACGAUGUUAGCAAAACUGGAGAGAACUGGUCCAUGGAGAAAGAUAACGAGACGAACAAGGAGAAUAAUCAAUGAUAAAGUCAUUUAUAACUUUAAACAUUAUUUAUUAAUCAAAUACUUUUUUUUUUCAUUUAAUUGAGUUUUUCAGUUCUUUUUUCUUAUAUUGCAAGAAAUUAUUUUGUUAUAUAUAUGACUAUAUAUUUAACAAAAAAUAUACAAGUAUGUGUACGAGUACACACGUGAUGACCAAUAAAUAUAAUAACUAAAUUUGUUGUAACUUGAAAUAAAAAUAAUGAUUUUGGUAAUUGUACAGUUACCAUGUGGUAAAAUGAAAAAUUACAAUAAAAGAUAAAUUUAAUAUUUUA